GCCUAAGGCGGCGGCCGGGCGGCCUCGGCCACCCGGUCAUCGCGUCUUUUCCCGGCGUCUCGUCUGCAGAGAGAGCAGCAUGUCCGCGGAAGUCCCCGAGACAGCCUCCGCGGAGGAGCAGAAGGAAAUGGAAGAUAAAGUGACUAGUCCAGAGAAAGCUGAAGAAGCAAAAUUAAAAGCAAGAUAUCCUCAUCUGGGACAAAAGCCCGGAGGUUCAGAUUUCUUAAGGAAACGAUUGCAGAAAGGGCAAAAAUACUUUGAUUCUGGGGAUUACAACAUGGCAAAAGCAAAAAUGAAAAACAAGCAACUUCCUACUGCAGCCCCGGAUAAAACGGAGGUCACUGGUGACCACAUUCCCACUCCACAGGACCUUCCUCAACGGAAGCCAUCCCUUGUUGCUAGCAAGCUGGCUGGCUGAUUAAAAGAGCUGAACUGCAUGAAUCUUCUAAUUCCCAUUAUUUCUCUUACUAUGUUACCUAUUCACUUCUUACUUCCUUUCAUUCUCUGAGUCAUUUGAAACUGACAGCUUUGCAGGUAGCGGUAGUGUGUGCUGCUAUUGUAAGGGAAUAUACAUGUGUAGAGUUUUUGAUUAGUUAAACAGUGCACUGAUAAAGACAUGAUAGAGCAACAUAAUCUACUUGAAAAUAAUUGUAUAUAUUACCUAAUUCCUAGUGUAGGUUCCAACAAGUAACAAGUUUUACAAUUUUAAUGGUUUGGCUUUACUUACUUCAUCUUAAUUAUAGCAUUGUAUGUUACUCUUAUUUAACAUAACCUCUUGUAUUGAGUUUUUUCUGUAUUUUCCUUUUGGAUUUUGUAAAACAGAAGUUUAAGACCACAAGUUGUAAGAAAAGUUACAUAAUUCAAACACAACUAGAUGGGACUCCGAAAGAUUUGUAUUUCUGUGGUUGAACUUGAAUGGCCUUAAACCUGUUUCAGCUUUAACAGUAGAAUUUUACUUGGGCAAUAUUUGCCCAUUCUGGUGUAACUUAUGUGACUCUAGUGCUUAACAGCUGCCGUUGAAGCUACUAUUCUUACUCAGUUCUAUAAUGGUAGAAUACCUUUUGUUGUUGAAGAUGUGAAUGACGUAUGCAUGUGCAUUGACUGUUGAAUUCACUUUUGUGCCAUUUUUGUAAAUACAAUAGUUUUGCACAACCUUU